UCAUCUUGUGUUCUGCAGAUGGGGGCGUAUCACACCAUUGAGCUGGAGCUUAACCGCAAGUUCACCCUCGCCAAGAAGCAGUGGGACAGCAUUGUUCUGGAGAGGAUCGAUCAGGCCUGUGACCCCGCCUUCAGCGCCGAUGUCGCCGCGGUGGUCAUGCAGGAAGGACUCGCCCACAUCUGUCUGGUCACACCCAGUAUGACCCUCCUCCGAGCCAAGAUAGAGACCAACAUCCCGCGCAAGAAGAGGGGCAGCUGCACGCAGCAUGAGAAGGCUCUGGAGAAGUUCUAUGAACAGGUCAUGCAGGGAAUUAUCCGUCACAUCAACUUUGAUGGUGAGUAC